AUGAUGGACAUGGAGAAGCUCUACAGCCCUCCGUCGCCGCUGGACCACUGCGAGCUGGACUUCAUCGGGGGAAUUAAAGACCUUCAGUCCAUGGAGGAGGACGCUCUCAGCAGCUUGGAGGUGACCGAGAACCAGUCGUCGUGUCUGGGCUCCGGAUCAGAGAGCUCCACUGCGUUAGAUGCACUGACUCCGGCGUCCAGCCCGUCGUCGGGGGGGUACGGUGGCCCGGCGGGUCAGGACGAGUUCAGCUCCAGCUCUCUGACCCUGGAGUGUCGCGUGUGUUCGGACCGGGCGUCAGGAUAUCACUACGGAGUUCACGCGUGUGAGGGCUGCAAGGGUUUCUUCCGCCGGACUAUUCGCCUCAAACUGGAGUACGAUAAAUGUGAACGCCGCUGUAAGAUCCUAAAGAAGAACCGAAACAAAUGCCAAUACUGUCGCUUUCAGAAGUGCCUGUCUGUGGGCAUGUCCCACAAUGCCAUCCGCUUUGGACGAAUGCCACAGUCGGAGAAGCUGAGGUUGAAGGCAGAAAUCCUAACGGGAGAACGAGAGAUCGAGGACCCACAGCUGGCGGAUCAGAAAACCCUGGCCAAGCAAAUCUACGAGGCCUACCUGAAAAACUUCAACAUGAACAAAUCCAAAGCACGGAGCAUCCUGGCGGGCAAGACGAGCACACCUCCGUUUGUCAUCCACGACAUGGAGACGCUGCAGCUGGCCGAACAGACUCUUGUGGCCAAGAUGGUAGGCUCUUCUGGAGCGCUGCUGAAUAAAGAUGCUGAGGUUCGGAUAUUCCACUGCUGUCAGUGCACUUCUGUCGAGACGGUGACCGAGCUGACUGAAUUCGCCAAGUCUGUGCCAGGAUUCUCAAACCUGGACUUAAAUGACCAGGUGACUUUAUUAAAGUACGGCGUCCAUGAGGCGCUCUUCGCCAUGCUGGCGUCGUGCAUGAAUAAAGACGGUCUGCUGGUGGCGUACGGCAGCGGCUUCAUCACCAGAGAGUUUCUCAAGAGCUUGCGGCGGCCCUUUAGUGAAAUGAUGGAGCCCAAGUUUCAGUUUGCCAUGAAGUUCAACUCCCUCGAGCUGGACGAUAGUGACCUCGCACUGUUCGUCGCUGCCAUCAUCUGCUGUGGAGAUCGACCGGGUCUGGUGAACGUCCCGCACAUCGAGCGAAUGCAGGAGAGCAUCGUAAACGUGCUUCAUGUGCACCUCAAGAGCAACCAUCCCGACAACAGCUUCCUCUUCCCUAAAGUCCUGCAGAAACUGGUGGACCUGCGUCAGCUGGUGACGGAGCACGCUCAGCUCGUGCAGCAGAUCAAGAAGACAGAAGAGACUUCGCUGCAUCCCUUACUGCAGGAGAUUUACAGAGACAUGUACUGAGACUCCUUCGUCUGCUUGAUUUCUAGAAAAAGACUUGCUUGGAGAGGGCCAUUUCUCUCAAAACAAGUCCCCUCCACGGCUACACUGUGAUCUUUUAUUAAUGUGAACCACUAUUUCGGGGAUUUCUGGAUGAAAACGGCAGGAACAUCAGGGCUCUUCGUUACCGCCGAGUCAAACAAUGGUUCCUGCGGUAAAUGAGAAAAACAAGACAAUGACAAUUAAAAUGCAUCCUUUGGGUUUAGGAUCGCUUUUUACGGGGGAUAUUUUAUAAACACUUACUGGUCUCUUGGGCCUGAAACUGUGAAUAGAAACCAUAAAAUACAACUUAUUCAUACAGCAAUAUGAUUUUUUUUUUAUAUUGAUGCUGUAAGUUUUCAUAGUGCGUGCUUUAAAUCAGUUUUCACCCAAGUGACUUCCACACACACCUUCUGUAAUUAUUGAAACUGACCCUACUUUGUAACGCUACAGGGAUUUUUGCUUCGUCGUGAACACAGAACUUAUGUUUCUGAUCACGCAAACCUGGGAAGAACAGAAAUGUGACGCAGAAUAAUUCAUCUCAAACAUCGUCCAGCCAUCGUAUUUCAACAUUUGCAAAUGUCUAGCUCCUUCACUUCCCCGAUAUUACAGUCUCAGUCCGUAACUGCAGUUUUCCAGUUAUUAAAUACAGCGCUUAAAUAUAAAACAGAUCAAUACCUCAUGACCUGUGACUUCUAUGCGCUCCGUGUUGUUUACAGUAAUCUACUGUUUAAAGGGCUAAAGUAGCGAGAAAACUACAAAUUUGAUCUACAGCAUUUAUACUCUGCACAAAAAACUGGAGUGAAAUGUAUUAAUGCAUUAAUAUUUGAUCGAACCACGCUCUCGAUGCAUGUUAAAGAUGCAAUAGAUCUGAAUCCAGGUGAUUUAAGAAGUUUUAGUUCUGGGCAUCAUUCUGUGUAGAUUUUCUUCCUCGUGAAUUUGUUUUACUUUUUUUGUAAUACAUGGCCGUUAUUAAAGGAAGCAUCAAUGCAGUUACACAGUUGCAUUUGCACAGUUGCUAAGAUGCAAUGCUAAGCAUGCUUUCUCUCCAGAAGUCAUUCUCGUCAUUUUCUCAGAACCGAAGUGCCUAGUCACAAUCUUAUUAUUCCCUAUAUAAACCAGAAACAGAAGCUAAUCGUAUUAAAUAUGUCUGUGUCAUAGCAGCUUUUGUUAAUGUAAACUCUAUGUGCAGUUAUCUGCAUUAAAAUGUUCUUGCGUAAGGAGCAUUUCCGAUGCUUUUCUGUAUAAACAUGCAUUAGACGGACGUUUAAGCAAAGCGCUUGCAUGAUUUACGCUGACUCUCACUUGAGAUUGCACUCAAGUUAAAACGAGUUUGAUUUAUUAAAUGUGUUUUAAGACCUUUUUUAAUACAGUACAGAAAGUGGUGUUUUAUGGUUUGUGUAACAUAAAUUUUGAGAUUGUGUAAAGAGCCAUUGUAAAAUCAAACUUCUAACUGGAUUCUCAGAAAUAUUAUGAAGACCCUAAAGGAACAUGGUGAUGAUGCAUAACAUAGCAUAGGAUAAUACAAAAAUAUUUGUUUGUUUGUUAAUUAUUAAUUUUUAACUCGAGAAAUUUUGAGUUCGAUCACAAAACUUAUCGUACCUCCAUGAAACGUCACAAAACUUUAGUUAGUAUUGCGUUCCGCGAUCUCUUGCAUUGCACCAAAAAUCGAAAAACAUUUGCAUUAGCUCAUUAAAGUAUUGCGUUCCCCCAAUAAGUUUUGCGUUCUUUCACAAAACAUUUUUGUUCGCACAAAAUAUUUGCGUGUUUUUUGCUAAAGUUUUGUUUUCGUUCACAAAACAUUGCAAAGGGGAAAGCAAAUAUUUUACGAGCGAACGAACAUUUUAGCAAGUUGAUUUUGUUUUACAAGCAAACACAAAGCUCCUGGCGAAUACAGUACUUUAUCCAGCUUCAUCCGUAAACUCACUUUCCUUUGCAACCCUGUAAAUACCAGACACUUAAUCAAUGCAUCGUCUUUUUAAUAAAUGCUUUUAACACCUAAAGACAUUGUGUGCAUCUAGGUAUUAUGCACUAUCGAGAUUAUGACCAUGCUGAUUGAAAUUGUCUUUUUACACUAAAGCAAAUGAAUCUUUAUUAAUUUAUAUAUAGCAGAUGUUGUGAAAUCAAAUAGUUUUAUGCAGUGCAAUGUAAAUAUGAGGGAAGAUUUGUCAUCAAACAACAUUUGCAGGGGAAUUCAUCUCAUAUUUUCCACAUUCCUUUUUAAUUGAGCGGGAGGACCUGUGCAUUUCCACACUGAACAGAAAGAUUUCCAUUUGGACUCCAUCCUGAUUGUGUUCUCUUGACUAAUAUGAUGUUAGUGAUCAUUUUUAUGCAAGCUUGUUUCUGUCAUGGGAUGGAUAAAAAAGAGAGCUAGCGCUAUUUUUUAUAGCUUUUUUCCCCCUAUUACAUAUUGUAGUAAUCAUCCUAAUUUAUAAUAUAAGUUUUGAAAUUUGAAAUUGCGUUCACAUGGAAUUUUAUAAUCAAUGCUUUUUCUAAUCAUGACAAAACACUUUUUUUUUUGUGAUGCCGCUAAUUGUGGCUGAAAUUUAUGAAUUUGUGACCGGAAAAUGCAUCAAAGUGAGUUUUUUUGUGUCACCUGGUGGCUGUUUAUGGUAUAGCGCCAUUAACAAAAUCUCACAGGAAACUCAACUUUGUGAUAUCAACUUCAAAUUUGGAACAUAACUUAGAUAGACAUAUGGCUUUGAUUUUAUAGCAAUUUUAGAUUACAAAAUAUUAUUAAAAUGUUUUACUGUAAGGAAUCCGUGUUCUUCCCAAACUCGCAAACCCAGAAUUCAGAGAGAGAGAGAAAAAGUAUAAACUGCGAGAUAUUUUGUUCAGAUUUCUGAGGAAAAAAGGCAGAAAUUCUGUAAAUAUAAAUUCAGAAUAAUGAGAAAAUAAUGCGAAUAUAAACAAUUCAAAUUUUAAAAAGUAAAAACAGUCAAAAAAGUCACAAUUUUUAGAUAUAUACUCAAAACAUGAGAAUUGCAAGAUAUAAACUCAGAAUUCUGAGGCACAAAGUAAACAUAUGUAAAUAGAAAAUAAAAUAUGAAUUAAAAAAAAAUUUAAACUCUGAAAAAAAAAAAUCUAAAUUUCAGGAUUUAUAUAUAUAUAUAUAUCUGUGUGGUGGAAACAAGCUUCCAUAUUUUUUUGCCAUAAAUCAGGAUUUGGGAACCAUCAGAUCCAGGUUGAACAAUCAAAUUCUGAUUAUUUUUGUUUGUGAUCCUCCCCUGCUGUACUGAGGUCUCAGGUAAAGAAAAGAGGUACUGAUGAUAUAUGAUCAUCAACAGCUGCCAAACGGUUUAUAAACCCAGCAAUACUCACUCUCUCUUAAGCCGAUGUAAUGUGUGCCCCCUGCUUCACACCCUCACUCUCAGAAAUCACUAAAUACAUUUGCAUGUUACAUUUUUACUAUCUAUUAGUUUACAUGCUUGCAUUUAUGUGGUUGACGUGUUGCAUCAGAAUGUACUGAAUUCAUCCUCAGCCUUGUUGACUUGUUAGUAGCUUACUACACUACUUUAGUCAUACUGGAAAUGUGUGCUGUUGUAUAUUGCAAAUGUAGUGUUCGUAUGUGUAGUAUGCAUACUAUUUCUGCAGCAUACAGUAAGUAGUAUGCUAUUCUGAUUCGUCUCUUCCAGUGCCUUAGAUCCAGAUAUUGCAAGAUACUGUAUGAAGUGUUAUGGCAUGGAUGAUUGAAACUCACUUUAGAGUUAUGUUUGUAAUGUUAAUGUUUCAAAUCAAAUCAUGUAUUAUUAUAAGAUUUUUUUUUUUGUUGUCCUGUAAUAUUUGUUGAUUGAGCAAAUGUAUGCAUAAAGCAUUGCGUUAGUUUUUUUCUUUAUUAUCAGAUUAAAAUGAAAUAUUUGAUUGUCAGCAGCUUUGCUUUUCUAACUAGUGUUUGGUAUUUUUCUACAGAAGGAAUCUGAAUCAGGGAAUUGUCUCAGUCUUCUCCUUUAGUCCCUGUAGCUCAGGUCACAGUAAAGUCAAGUACUGUUUCUAAUAAACGCUUGAUUUUAAGCUGGUUGUUACAGAUCUGUGACUUUAUACAAGCUGAUUAUUAAUAUCAAACUGCUGCAAAAAGGCCUCGGUAAUGUUGUUUUUGCUGUACAUGGGCUUAACAUGUAUGUAUAUCUAGUCAUGUCUCAAAAUAAAAGACAUCUUUGUAAAAAUUC